UACGCGAUUCUCGGCGUCGACAGCGCGGCGACGACGUCAGAGAUCACGCGCGCGUACAGGUCUAUCGCCAUUAAACACCAUCCCGAUCGCCGACGGGGACGAGCGAACCCGACGGGGCAGGAUGACGGGGAUGAAAAGUUUGUGGAGGCGCAGGCGGCUUACGAGAUUUUAAAAGACGACGCGAAGCGAGAAUUUUACGACGCCGGGGGA